AUGGCUAAGUUGAUGAGUUCUCAGAUUAAGAGUAAUCAAGAACAAGCGGCCAUUAAUGCCAGAGUUGAUUCAUCCCUUAAGAAUCUUGAGGUUCAAGUGGGGCAAAUUGCAAUUGCUGUGACUACACUUCAUAAAGGAGGAUUACCAAGCAAUACGGAGACUAAUCCUUAUAAAGAAGGAAAUAAGGAGUGCAAGGCAAUUACCUUAAGGAGUGGAAAGAAAUUAUCUGAAAUUUCCUCUCCUACACCUGAGUCUACACUUAAGCCAGAAGUUGAUCAAACUGAGCAAGAGGUAUCUUCUAUGUCUCCUAAAGCUAAAAUUGUGAUUGUUAAAGAUGACAUUGAGAAGGAGUCCUCAAAAGAGGCAGUGACAACAUCUAAGAAAGAGGGAUUGACUACUUUAGAACAAAUGCCUCAAUAUGCUAAAUUCUUGAAAGACAUGUUGAGUAAGAAGCGAAGAUUGGGUAAGUGUGAAACGGUUGCGCUUACUAAAGAGUGUAGUGCUAUUCUCUUGAACAAGCUACCUCCUAAAUGCCAUGAUCCAAGUAGCUUCUCAAUUCCUUAUAUGAUUGGAGACAAAUUUCAAGGUGGGGCAUUAUGUGAUUUAGGCUCAAGUAUCAAUUUGAUGCCACUUUCUGUGUUUAGAAAAUUGCAACUUGGUGAAGCUAGUCCCACUUCAGUGACUCUUCAAUUAGCCGGUAGAAGUUUGGCUUUUCCUAAAGGUAAAAUUGAGGAUGUUUUGGUCAAGGUUGAUAAAUUUAUUUUCCCUAUUGAUUUCAUUGUCUUGGAUUGUGAUGAAGAUAGAGAUCUCUCACUCAUUGUGGGUAGACCAUUUUUAGCUACAGCACGAGCUCUCAUUGAUGUUGAGAGAGGAUAG